UUGUCUAUGAUCAUCAAAGUUAUCAACCUUGAUCGAAGGAGAUGAUAUGAUUGAAUAUGCCAUUUCCCGUCAGCUUAGCGCUGGGUUAUAAAACCGGAUGGUUAUGUGUCCUCCCGUCAAUCCAGUGUCUACCACCAUACCAUUCAACCAUUUGCGAGGAGGCUCAUAAACCGGAUUUGGUCAAUGGUUGCGAGCGUACUACCAAUCUCGACUCCAUUUUUAUCCCACAAACAUGAUUCGCUCGAGUGCAGCCCGAUUCAAUGUAUGGGGCGUGGCCUCCCCGCUGAGGCGUGCCACCGAGACUCGUCUGCGAUCCCUGUGGACCGGACAGGAGAGCUUGUGCCAAGACGAUCCGGAAAUGUGGGACCUAGUUCAAUCCGAGAAACGUCGGCAAAAAUCCGGGCUAGAACUGAUCGCCUCGGAGAACUUUUGUAGUCGAGCCGCAUUGGAGGUCACGGGCUCGUGCUUGAACAACAAAUAUUCCGAAGGCUAUCCCGGACAACGGUAUUACGGCGGUACGGAGGUCAUCGAUCAGAUCGAGCUGCUCUGCCAAGAAAGAGCCCUGGCUGCCUACAGACUGUCUCCCGAGCAAUGGGGGGUCAAUGUCCAGCCGUACUCCGGCUCGCCGGCCAAUUUUGCCGCUUAUACGGCCGUGCUCCAACCCCAUGAUCGCAUCAUGGGACUGGAUCUACCUGCGGGUGGACAUUUGACCCACGGGUUCAUGACCGAGAAGCGCCGGGUGUCAGCCACGUCGGUGUAUUUCGAAUCCAUGCCUUACGGCUUGAAUCAGACCACGGAGCUCAUCGAUUACGAGCAAUUAGAGAAGAAUGCCGUGCUGUUCAAGCCCCGGAUGAUCAUCGCCGGGUAUUCGGCCUACUCCCGACUCCUGGACUACCCGCGUUUCCGGGCCAUUUGCGACCGGGUCGGGGCAUAUCUCUUGGCGGAUAUGGCUCAUAUUAGCGGUCUGGUCGCCGGGGGGGUCAUCCCAGGGCCCUUUGAGCAUGCCGAUCUGGUCACGACCACCACCCACAAAAGUCUCCGUGGCGUUCGAGCUGGACUCAUUUUCUACCGCAAAGGUCAAAAAGGCGUGGAUCGAGCCGGUCAGCCUAUUAUGUAUGACCUCGAGUCUAAGGUGAAUAACGCCGUGUUUCCGGCGUUGCAAGGCGGACCUCACAACCACGCCAUUGCCGGCGUGGCGGUGGCCCUUCGACAGGCCCAAUCGCCCGAGUUCAAGGCCUACCAGGAGCAAACCCUGAAGAACGCCCAAGCCAUGUGUCAAGCCAUGAAGACCAAAGGCUAUAAAGUGGUGUCGGAUGGCACGGACAACCAUUUGAUCUUGGUGAAUUUGAAGCAGUCUCAAGGCAUUGACGGCGCCCGUGUGGAGACUAUUUGCAAUCGGGUGUCCAUUACCUUGAACAAGAACAGCGUGCCCGGCGAUAAGAGCGCUAUGGUGCCGGGAGGCGUUCGAUUGGGUGCGCCCGCGCUCACAUCCCGAGGAUUGCAGGAGGCGGACUUUGAAAAAGUGGUAGAGUUCAUUCAUCGGGCCGUGACGAUAGCCAGGACUGCCCAGGGACAGACCCAAAAGCUCAAAGAUUUCGCUCAGUUUGUCGAGUCGGACCCGGGCAUCGUGCAAGCGUGCCAGGAGCUCAAACGCGAGGUCAACGAAUUUGCCUUAAAAUUCCCCAUGCCCGGUUUUGAGCACCAUUAAGUUCAUUCAUCUAUAUAUACGCUAACAUCAUAGUGGGCUCAGGAAGGGACCAAUGUUUAAUAAAUAAAUGACGACUCAUCACA